AUGGAGAAAGAUUGGUCUAUGAUAGUGUUUGAGCAAGCAAGGAGGUUCCGAAGGGUUAAGGGUAUUGUUGUAAAUUCAUUCAUGGAGCUGGAGUAUAAUAUGAUAAAGUCUUUCUCAAAUGGUGAAACUGAGACCAACAUCUCACCCGUUUAUUCUGUAGGACCCAUUUUGAAUCUUGAGGGUGAUAGCAUUGAUUUAGGGUCAGGUGGGUCCAAAACAAAAGCAGAAAUCAUGGAGUUGCUUGAUGAUCAGCCACCAUCAUCGGUUGUGUCCCUAUGCUUCCGGAGCAUGGGAAGUUUCGAUGAGGAUCAGGUGAAAGAGAUUGCCUGUGCGCUUGAGCAGAGUGGGCAUCGGUUCUUAUGGUCCCUACGUCAACCUCCACCAAAGGGUCAGGUCGCCAUACCGAGUGACUACACAAAUCCAACGGACCUUCAAAAUCAUCUUCUCGAAUCUAGUAAGUUGUUUGAAGGGAUGCAAGGUCUCACAAGCCCGAAGAUUGGAUAUUCGAUUUUGUCCCCUGACUUCGUUGCCAUAUAG